CCAACACCAAAAAGUGCCUCGAUAUCGUGCUGAAUAGGCAGGACUCUAGUGACCAGUCUCCCUACAUUGUACAAUUUUUAAAAUGGCGGAUGGUUAUACGAUCGUCAGAACAGCGACUGUCGAAAGAAAAACAAAAGAAACAGACAUUUCUUUGUCAGUCAACAUAGAUGGAACUGGAGUAGGUGAGAUAAGCACUGGUAUUGGAUUUCUGGACCAUAUGUUGACCGCUUUGUCGAAACACGGGCGAAUGGAUCUCACUUUGAGCUGCAAGGGUGAUCUUCACGUGGACGAUCACCAUUCAGUAGAGGACUGUGGUAUCGUCCUGGGCCAAGCGGUGAAAGCAGCGCUUGGCGAUUUAAGAGGCAUAGCGAGGUAUGGCUAUGCCUAUGCUCCUCUAGACGAAUCGCUUUCUCGAGCCGUUGUCGACAUAUCCGGACGACCUUUUGCCGACGUCAACUUGAACUUGCAGAGGGAGCGGAUAGGGAACCUGUCUUGUGAGAUGCUACCACAUUUUUUGAGUUCCUUUGCCACCUCAGCAGCUAUUACGUUACAUGUGGACGUGAUAAAAGGUAAAAAUGAUCAUCAUAGGGCGGAAUCUGCAUUCAAAGCCUUAGCUUUAGCCCUGCGGGCUGCAUUUAGAAGAGAAGGAACUGACAUACCGAGUACGAAAGGCGUGUUGUAAAUUCCUGGACUGCUUUUUCUCGAAUUUUAUAGGAUCAUUUCUGUACAGUUCAUUGCACUUAGAUAGCUAAGUAGAUGGUUGAAUGUAUCUGUUAAACUAACGCGACAGUAACAUAAGUCUUUAGGGGUUCAGCAACAAAGAGUCAAUAAAAAUAACUAUAGUAACUAAA